UCUGUCUGAUCUUUAGCCCGCCCGACUUUGUUGAACAAAAUUUUGUUUUUCUCUAAAUUCUUACAACAACUGGAAGAAGAUUGGAGGAAUGUUUUAAGUCAGUCCGCCGAACCAUCUUGCCGAGGAGUACAAUUCAAAUAAUCUCUGCUUCAUAUAUAUUUAAAAAAAAAAGCUUAUUUCCAUGGCUAUAAAGUUCAGCUGCUCCCCUUAAAUUUCCCACCAGUGAAGAAAAGAGCAAUCUUUUCUCCUCAGUUUCAGUCGCCCACCAUGAGCUCCGAAGCUGAUGACUGCAACUCAAAUACAGAGCGCCUCCACUUUCUUCUCGUCCCUCUCAUGGCCCAGGGCCACAUGAUCCCCAUGAUCGAUUUAGCUAGGCUCCUUGUAGCCCGCGGCGCCCUCGUCACUUUUGUUACUACGCCGGUCAACCUGGCCCGCAUCCAACCCAUCGUCGAUCGAGCUGCAGCCGCUGCCCUCCCUAUCCGCUUCGCCGAGCUUCCCUUUCCGGCGACGGAUGUCGGCCUCCCUGACGGGUGCGAGAAUUGCGACCUCAUCCCCUCCGUCGACCUCUACCUCCCAUUCAUGAAGGCUCUGUCCCUCCUUCGUGAACCGCUUGAGGCCUACUUGUGCGUCCCUGAUCCGUCCUGGUGGCCCAAGCCUUCUUGCAUCAUUUCCGAUAACACUCAAUAUUGGACUGCGGAUUUCGCUCGCGCCCUCGAGAUUCCCCGUCUCAUAUUCCAUGGCCCCUCUUGCUUUUACCUCUUAUGUUACCACCUCAUUGAUCGAAACAGAGCUGAGCUUGAGGCGGAGAUGGAGGCGGCGUCAGGCAAGCCCGUCUUGCUUCCAGGACUCCCUCAACCCAUUCAGAUCCGCAAGCAUGAGGUGGUCCCUGUCUGGCGCUCGAACCCUGCUUGGUUCGAAUUCAUAGAAGUUAUUCGGAUGGCCGGAGAAUCCGCCGACGGUGUGCUUAUUAACAGCUUUAAAGAGCUCGAGCCCUUGUACUUCGAGAGGUAUCACGAGGUGACGGGGAAGGCAAUAUGGCCUGUUGGGCCUCUCUCACUCUACAAAGAAGAGUUCGAUGCCAAGGCGACACGCGGGCGAGCUUCAUCGAUUGACCAGAAGCUCCUUUUUCAAUGGCUAGACAAGCAAGAAGACGGGUCAGUGGUGUUCAUCAGCUUUGGGAGCAUUGCCCGGAAUACAAAGGCCCAAUUGGUGGAGCUCGGCGACGGGUUGGAGGCGUCAGGACGGCCUUUUGUUUGGGCGGUGAAAGAGGCAUCGGAUCGGCGAGUUUCGGGGCUGGAUGAAUGGAUUGCAGAGUUCGAGGAGAAGGUGGAGGGGAGGGGGAUUGUGAUAAGGGGUUGGGCUCCGCAGACGGUGAUAUUGGAGCACAGAGCGGUGGGGGGAUUUGUGACGCACUGCGGGUGGAAUUCAACGUUAGAGGCGGUGGCUGCGGGGGUGGUAAUGGCGACUUGGCCGCACUUCGCCGACCAGUUUUUGAACGAGCAAUUGGUGGUGAAUGUACUCAAGAUUGGGGUAGCAGUUGGCGUCGAGGAGCCGACAGCGGUGGCGGUAGAGGAUAAUAAGGAGGAGGUUGUGAAAGUGAGGAGAGAGCAGGUUGAGAAGGCGUUGGAGGCAUUGAUGGCGGGAGGAGAGGAAGGGGAAGAGAGAAGGGUGAGGGUGAGGGAGCUAAGGGAGAAGGCGAGGAUGGCCAUGGAGGAAGGAGGGUCUUCAUGGGAGGGAUUGAAAGGUGUAAUCAACUAUGUGAAGCAGGCCGAAAAGGAAAAGGAAAAGGAUAAGAGUAAGAAGCCUGCGGUACAGUAGGUAGUUUGCUAGCAAGUAGUCAUUUUGAGGAGAAAACAAAAGCUGUGUCGCAUAGUAAAUUAGUAAUUGCUAUUUGAUUUUUAUUCAGCGGGAUUUACAUGCAUGCCAUUUUAUUUCA